GCGUCCACAGUCUUCUAUAAUUUGGCCUGGUGUUUUACUCUCAUUGUAUCGCCGUAUGCGAUCCUAUGCCGGCGCAAGGUAUCUAUAUACUAGAACAUGCAUUAUUGAAUAACAAUUCUGCCUUUAACAUUAUGCUUACGCUUAUGCUGCACCAAAUUCGCAAAUCACGGGAUUUGGACCUCGUGUCGUUUACCUGCGACACUAAAUGAUAGGCAGCUUAACCGUGGGCAUAGCUAGCGUCCGUUUCUACAUAUGGCAGUCUUGGCGGACAUCCCUAGUGCGUAGAGCUGUGUCUGGGCCGCAAAGUAAGGCAAAAUACCAGGACUGCGUAUUUGGUUUUCAUGAGAAUCCAAACAUUCAUCCUGCAAGUGGAUGUUGAGACCUGAAUACGAAAGGUGGUUAAUGAUCCGGCUAUGAUGAUCUAGAUUUCGGUAUAAGGAUAUUAAAAAGAGCACAUUGUCAUAAUAUCAGGAAAAUAUUAAGACAAAAUUAAGUUUUUUCUUACUGCCAUGGAUACCCAGGCAAGCUUGUUAGCUGCUCUAUUUUUGCUGGCAUCAGAAAUGGGAGUGUUGAGUCUGCCGCUGUUGGAAAGCAAAGAAAAUGAGUCGUCGAAUAUACCAGCAGGGGCCCUGGCGCGGGCAGCGAUCAACGAGAAGACGGCAGAGAGCCAAAUGGCGAACACAACCGCGUUGACUCUCGAAAUCACAGAAAACAUCGGGAAUUCUUCUGUUGAUCAAGAAAAAAUCAACGAAACUGGAAGCCACAACGCUUCAGAAAAAGACCCUAUCGCCGUAAAAGAAAAUAAGGACGAUGUCAAGAACAGGACAAAGUUAUUUCAAAUGCCACCUUCGCCAGAACUUCCCGAUCUCCCUGCUCAUGAUCGGAAAGCUAAUAUAACGGGACCGGAGGAUCCAUAUAUUGCAGCGCCUGUUCACAGACUUUGCUACGAAAAUAUCACCUAUGUCAAAAACUCCUCGGGGCAAAACAUUUUGGUUGGAUCGGGUAGUUUUGGGAGUGUCUACCUUGCGAUGUAUAAAGAAACGUAUCCGGUGAUCGUUAAAGUUUUCCAUAAGCAUACUGCAAAGAACACAACUAAAAAAAGACUCAAGCAGACUUUUCACGAGGCUCGGUUAUCCGCCAUGUUACAGCCGACAGGACUUCUUCCAAAGUUUUACGGACUUGUCCGAACGGAGAUUGACGGGGAGGUAGAAUUCGGUCUCGUGCAUGAAUAUUACGCCAACGGCAUGACAGUUUUGAAACUCCUAACGGACAACAAUAGCCCAGAACUUGAGAAUGGACUACAACCUGACUGGUUACAAAUCUGUCUCAAACUUGUGCAAUCUAUUGAUCGCCUUCAUAAAGAAGAUGUGUUGUUCAACGAUAUAAAACUGGCAAACAUGCUGGUAGAUAUGUCUGGCAGAGAACCCGAGGUGAAACUGAUAGACGUAGGGAGCGCCAGUUACAGACGCCCUCAUAUGUACAGGGCAGUGCCACCUGAGGAACGAAAACGGUUUUUCCAUCUGGCACCGGAAGUGCUCGACGACGUCCCGACCAGCGUGAAUUCGGAUGUCUAUUCAAUAUGUAAAGCUCUAAGACGGGUAAUGGCGUUUAAACCGAUAAGUGACGAGCUGACAAGAUAUGCGAGUUACUGUCUGGACGCGGACCCCAAAGACAGGCCAACGAUACCGGACAUCAUUGACAAAUUGCACAUGAUAAUCUCUGAUACUACAGACAGCACUUUAACCAAACUUUUAAACAAAAAGGACGAGUUUGAGUUUACUCACAAAGAGUUCUUGUUUGGACUGACUCUGUCGCCAUUUUUCGCAUUGGCAGUAGUGGUGGUAAAGGGACUGUAUUAUCGUAAGCAUCAUUUGGCAUAUAAGCAACAUAGUCUAUGAUCAUUUAAUUUUUAUCUUUUAUGAUGAUUUUUUUUCAAGUAUCAUAUUAUUCAUUUUUCUUCAUAAUCAAUAAUGCACGUAGGAAACGGAUACACCUUUCUUUCGUUGGGUGUUCACCAAAAGCACUCGACUGGCCAACAUCAGUCUUUAAAACUUACAAGGUAUCAAGUACAUGUAGUAGCCUACUGUGUAGUUUGUCUUUAUAUUUCUGAUAUCCAUUAACACGAUAUUGUUAUUAUUGUAGGUUACUUUUAUUUGAUUCACUGGUGCAAUCGGUGCCCAGGCAGGGAUUGUAAAUUAUUUUGGGUUUUUUGACAUGAAGUAAAAUGUAAAUCAGUUGCUAGUAUUCGUUUAGUGUACCUGUUCAAAGUAUAACUGAUUUUGAAGACUAAAUGUCUAUUUGGGAUUCUAGUGACAAAUUGCUUAGCUGCAAGUCAUCAAGGAUUGGGUCCUGCGAGGUUCAAUGGCACUGAAACAAAUGGAGGCUCAUUCCAAUACACCCUUCUGCUGUUUUAUAGUUCUAAGGUUUAAUUUGAAUAUGUUGAAUAUAAACGUUGUACAUGUACUAGUAGGAUAAGAGUACUUGUUUUUAAGUCUUCGGACAGAAAAGAGAAUUGAGCGGGAGAUUAAGGGAAAGAUUUUGAUAUAUAGCCUCAACAUAUAGAAUACCUUCUGAAAAAAAAUUAAUGUCUAAAUUACGGCAAUCGACCCAAGUACCGUUAUAAGUUAAAGAAAUAACAUCUCUUCUUAUGAGACCAAUAUUUCACAAUAAAUACAUUGUACACAACUCAUAGAAAUAUAAU